AUGGGUCCACCAACAUCAACCACCCCAGGAACCGGCGCACAAGCACGCAGUCACCUCCUCAACACCGCCUACAACAACGCCAACAACAAUAACGGCGACGACGAUAACGACAACACCAUCUACUACAACUCCAACCGCCGCCCUGCCACCCCCGUUCCAGUCUCAAUCACAGACUUUCGUCUCUUUGACGGCGAAAACUCUCCCCAAAACAUAGCCGUCUACGGGUUCGGUUUGGGCGCUCUCUUUGGAGGAAGUGUGAUCCUGGCCACUAUGGUCGGUACCUCGAUCCCACAGUUCUGGCUUUUCCUUGCAGCUUUGGGGGUCUUCCAUUCGUUGGAGUAUAUUGCCAUUGCACUGUUCAACCCCACAAAACUUAAGCUCGAUUCAUUUUUGUUGAACCACAGCCCGGAGUACUCGGCAGCAACAGCCGCAGGAAUCACAGAAUUCCUGAUCGAACUCUAUUUCUUCCCACAGCUCAAGUCCUGGGGCCUGCUGAACAAGAUCGGACUAGUCAUGGUGAUCAUUGGUCAGGCAGCCCGUACCUUGGCCAUGUUCUCUGCCAAAUCCAACUUUUCGCACCACGUCGAGUUCUAUAAGGAGGAGCAUCAUGUUCUCGUCACCGACGGCAUCUACAGCCUUCUGAGGCACCCUUCCUAUUUCGGGUUCUAUUACUGGGCCCUGGGUUCUCAGUUGAUGAUGAUGAACCCCGUCUGCAUUGUCGGCUUUGCAGGAGCGUUACACCAUUUCUUCUCAGAGCGCAUCCAGUACGAGGAGCAGUGCUUGGUCCGUUUCUUUGGUCAGUCUUAUCGUGAUUACCAGGCCAGGACACAUACCGGCAUUCCUCUCAUCAAGUAA